AGGGACGAACCUCUAAAUGAUUCUUCUGAAGAUCUCAGAAGAUCGAUGGCAAUCUUGUAGUAUUGUAUGGAAAGGAAAGGAUCUUCUGGUCAUCCAAUUUUUGAGUCCUUUGGCAAAUUCCAAAGCAUUUUUGUUUUUUUCCUUCUGGAUAUUUGUGCCUAAGAAUUUUAUUUUAUUUUUUUAUUAUUAUUAUUAUUUUUUUUUUCAAAAAGACAGUUUUGUAUUCAUUUCAAUUAAUUUGCUACAUCCAUCUAGUUCAUGCUACAAGUAUAUUCUGAUGAAGAAAAAUCUCUUUAACAUACUGUAAUUCGCUAAUUUUCAAUCACAAGGCAAACAAUUUAUUUAGUCCAACAAGCUAGCAUCACCCUUUCCGGCGAGGCGUUGAACAUAACUAGAACCUCUAUCACUAAAAUUUGUGCUACCCUUUAGAGAAGCAAAGUAGAAAUGUCCAAGCAUCCAAAAAGACUGAUCCUUGUUGACAAAAUGGCAAUCAAAUUGGAUGAAUUCGUUUUUGUUAUUUGGCUUCUUUCUUAUGUUACCCUUCCUAGAAAUUUCAUACCAAUUAAGUUUGUGGGGAUGUAUGUGGUUGUAAAAUUCCUCUACCAGUGGAAGAAUAUUUUGGCUUUUAACAGUAAUUCACUCGUACCAAGUGGAAGGCAAGUCAUUUUUCACAUUAUUUUGGCUUCUCUCUCCAUCUCUGUGACCGGAAACUAUCUCUACUUUCACGACCUAUGGUCUCUCACCCACAAUCCACCCUCUUUCUCUCUCCACUUUCUCUAAGUUAUUGUCUCUCUCUCUCUCUCCUGGAAUUCGACGGGGAAGACUAUUACUUGUUCUAAGACCCAGAAGAUUUCUGGUCUUCUCGGCAUGGGAAGGUUUGGGAUGUCUAUUCCGUCAAGGAAGGUGAGUACUACUUGUUCAUUCUAUUUGAUAGAUAUCACAACAUAUUCAUGAGGACGAGAGAAGAUUGGGAUUUUAUUGUUUGUUAUCAAGAGAUAAUUGUGUUUAUAUUAUGCGAAAAUUCCCAUAAAAGUAUGGGUAUUUAGUUUUAUUUGAUUGUUGGGACAAUUAUUUGAACUUUUGUUUGGGCGAUUUGGCAAGGGUAAUACCUCCCUUGGAAUUUAGUGAUUGUUUUGGAAUUGCAUUUGUUUAGUCCUACAAUUACACUGUUUAUGCAUAUAUGUUGGAAAAUAAGGAAAUUGUUUUGGGUUGUAGAGAGAGAUUCAGAUGCAACAAGAGAUAUACUUCGAGAGAGAACUUCAUAUGAAUAUAUAUAAAGAGAGAGAGAGGAGUCGGAGUGAGUUGCAGAGGGCAACGAAGAGAGAGAUUUGUAGAGGUAAAGCUAUAGAUAUACAUUUAUGAAAAAGAAAAGAAGAAAAAGAAGAAGCUAGAGAUAUACCGGUAAAAGAGAGGGAGAGAUAAAAUUGUGAUUGCGGCUGGAGAGAGAAAGAGGGGCACUUUUGUCUUUAAUCAUAAAGGGUAAUGUCAAAUUGGCAAGUUAGGGAUGUAAUAUGCACAAUGGUUUUCUGCCUGCAUAUAUAUUGGUACAGAGAAAGGGAUAUAGAUUGAUCGUUGACAAUUUUGAGUCGAGAGAGAUAUUGGAUGGAUGAUGAAGUUGAAAAUAAGAAACCAAUCUGAGUCAUCAAAAGGCUGGUCCUCCUUUAAAAAUUAGCUUUCAAAUUUGGCGGCUUUGAGAAAUAGUUGUGCCCAUAAUUUUAGUCUGCUUUUACACUAACACUCAUUGAAAGAAACAUCUGCCAGCGCAGAACAUUAUCAAGAGAUGGAUUAUUCUUCACGCAUGACAAUACAUAGACAACAGACCAUAAGAAACCACUCCUCCCAUUCUCAACAACAAGAAGCACUAAACCAGUUAAGAGAUUUACCUAUUCCACAAACUUAAUGUCUCUACUUCAAUUCCUUGUUCUCCUACUUUACUGUGUUUGUUUAGAGCUUUGUUCUUCCAUAGAUACCAUUUCAUUUAAUCAAUCCAUUCAAGAUCCUGGAAGUAUAGUCUCCAAUGGCCAAACCUUCGAACUGGGAUUUUUCAGUCCUGUGAACACCACCAAUCGUUAUGUUGGCAUAUGGUAUAAUGGUGUUCCUGUAAAAGCUGUGGUAUGGGUAGCUAAUAGGGGCAAACCUUUAAAUGAUUCUUCUGGAGCUGUGAAGAUCUCAAACGAUGGCGAUCUUGUAGUCUUGGAUGGACAGCAAAAUAUCAUAUGGUCAUCCAAUCUUUCAAGUCCCACGGCGAAUUCAAGUGCCCAGCUUUUGGAAACCGGGAACCUUGUUUUGAGGGAUAAUUCUAAUGGAAGCAUAGCAUGGGAGAGUUUUCAACAUCCUUCAGAUUCAUUCUUGGCAAAGAUGAUAAUUGGUAACGAUGUGAAUACCAAUGCCACGAUUUUAAUGACAUCAUGGAAGAGUCUUUCAGAUCCAUCCGUCGGUAGAUUCUCAGCUGGUCUCGAUCCUCUGAAGUACAUUCCGGAGAUCUUUGUAUGGAAUGGCAGUCGUCCACACUGGCGUAGCGGUCCUUGGAAUGGUCAGAUCUUUACUGGGGUACCCUACAUGGAGUCGUUAUAUCUCGAUGGAUUUAAUAUUGUAAAUGACAAACAAGGAGGCAUCUACGUAUCUUUCACUUAUGCAAAUGAAUCUAGAUUAACAUACUUUGUAUUGAAUUCUGGAGGAACUCUAAUGCAAAAGUACUGGGAUGAAGGGACGGAAAACUGGGAGUCAAAUUGGUCGGGUCAAAUUUCCGAAUGUGAUGUGUAUGGCAAGUGUGGGCCAUUUGGAAGCUGUAAUUCACAAGAGUACCCAAUUUGCACCUGUUUGACAGGGUUUGUGCCAAAGUCUAUAGCGGAAUGGAGUAGUGGAAAUUGGACUAGUGGGUGUGUGAGGAAGACACCAUUGCAGUGCGAGAAAAACAAUAGUACUGGUGGUGUAGAGGGCAAAGAAGAUGGCUUUUUGAAGUUGAAGAACAUGAAGGUGCCAGACUUUGCCAUGUGGUCAUCUGCUGCUGAAGAUGAAUGUGAAAAUGAAUGCUUAAAGAAUUGUUCCUGUGUAGCUUAUGCAUAUCAUGCAGGAAUUGGUUGUAUGCUUUGGAGCGGAACCUUAGUUGACAUACAGAAAUUCUCAAUCACUCGGCCAGAUCUUUACAUUCGCUUGGCAUAUUCAGACCUUGAGAAAAAGAGAAACAUGAAUUUAGUUAUUGCAAUUUCAGUGAUCAUUGGAUCGCUCAUCAUCGCCGUUUGCACCUACUUUUCCUGGUGUUGGAGGGCUAAACGAAGAGAUUCUGAAUCAGGAAUGAAGAAACAAGCAGAGUUAUUAUUGUUUGAUAGACAAGUAUAUCCAAACUGUUCAGAUGAAAUCAUAGUAGGUGAUGUUUUGAACCAAGUAAAACUAGAAGAGCUACCGCUAUUCAAAUUUGAUAAGAUAGCAAUUGCAACGGACAACUUUAGUUCAGGCAGUAAGCUUGGGCAGGGUGGCUUUGGUCCAGUGUACAAGGGAAUCUUGCCAGAAGGAGGAGAAAUAGCAGUGAAAAGGCUUUCAAAAUCCUCUGGGCAAGGGCUCAAAGAAUUCAUGAAUGAGGUGUUAUUGAUUUCAAAACUCCAACACCGAAAUCUUGUUAGACUCCUUGGCUGCUGUGCUGAAGGAGAAGAAAAAAUAUUGAUCUACGAAUACAUGCCAAAUAAAAGCUUGGAUGCUUUUCUCUUUGAUCCUGCAAAACAAAAACUUUUAGAUUGGAAGAAACGCUUCAACAUUAUUGAAGGGAUUGGUCGAGGACUACUUUACCUUCAUAGAGAUUCCAGACUAAAGAUUAUUCAUAGAGAUCUAAAGGCAAGUAACAUUUUGUUGGAUGAGGAGCUAAAACCCAAAAUUUCAGACUUUGGCAUGGCAAGGAUUUUUGGAGGCAAUCAAGAUCAGGAGAACACGAGAAGGGUUGUUGGAACUUAUGGAUAUAUGGCUCCUGAAUAUGCAAUGGAAGGGAGAUUUUCUGAAAAAUCUGAUGUUUUCAGCUUUGGAGUAUUAUUAUUAGAGAUUAUAAGUGGGAGAAGGAACACUAGCUUUUAUCAGGAUGAACAUUCUUUAGGCCUGGUAGGAUUUGCAUGGAAAUUAUGGAAUGAAGAUAAUAACGUAGCAUUGAUAGAUCCAACAAUAACUGAUCCAUUAUUCCAAAUGAAGAUAUUGGGAUGCAUACAUGUAGGACUAUUGUGUGUGCAAGAAUUUGCCAAAGAUAGGCCAAGCAUUUCUUCUGCUCUUUCCAUGCUUACUGGUGAAAUUGCAGAUCUUCCUAUUCCGAAACAACCUGCACUAACUGAAAGACAUGUUUCUAUAAAUGCAGAGCAUUUUCAACAGAACCAGGAAAGCUGUUCUAUAAACAGUGUCACUAUAACAGCCAUUGGAGGCCGCUAUGGAGGAAAGUCUCUUCUUCGAUGUCUUGUUCUCUUACUUUACUGUGUUUGUUUAAAGCUUUGCACUGCCAUAGACACCAUUAAUUCUUUUAAUCAAUCCAUUCAAGAUCCUGGAAGUAUAGUCUCCAAUGGCCAAACCUUCAAACUGGGAUUUUUCAGUCCUGUGAACACUACCAACCGUUAUGUUGGCAUAUGGUAUAAUGGUGUUCCAGAAAAGGCUGUGGUAUGGGUAGCUAAUAGGGAUAAACCUCUAAAUGAUCCUUCUGGAGCUGUGAAGAUCUCGAAAGAUGGCGAUCUUGUAGUCUUGGAUGGACAGGAAAAGAUCAUCUGGUCAUCCAAUCUUUCAAGUCCCACCGCGAAUUCAAGUGCCCAGCUUUUGGAUACUGGGAACCUUGUUUUGAGGGAUAAUUCUAAUGGGAGCAUAAUAUGGGAGAGUUUUCAGCAUCCUUCAGAUUCAUUCUUGGAAAAUAUGAGACUUGGCGGCAAUGAUGUGAAUACAAAUGCCAAGAUUCUGAUGACAUCAUGGAAGAGUCCAUUGGAUCCAUCCAUUGGAAGUUUCUCAGCUAGUCUCGAUCCUCUGAAGUAUAUUCCGGAGGUCUUUGUAUGGAAUGGCAAUCAUCCACACUGGCGUAGCGGUCCUUGGAAUAGUCAGAUCUUUACUGGGAUACCCGACAUGAUGGAGUCGGUAUAUCUUGAUGGAUUUAAAAUUGUAGAUGAGAAUUAUUUAACUUUUACUUUUGCAAAUCAGUCUGGAUUAACAUACUUUGUAUUGAAUUCUGGAGGAACUCUAAUGCAAAUGUACUGGGAUGAAGGGAUGGAAAACUGGGAGUCAAAUUGGUCGGCUCAAAUUUCCGAAUGUGAUGUGUAUGGCAAGUGUGGGCCAUUUGGAAGCUGUAAUUCACAAGAGUCUCCAAUUUGCACCUGUUUGAGAGGGUUUGAGCCGAAGUCUCUAGAGGAAUGGAGUAGUGGAAAUUGGACUAGUGGGUGUGUGAGGAAGACACCAUUGCCGUGCGAGAAAAACAAUAGUACUGGUGGCGUAGAGGGCAAAGAAGAUGGCUUUUUGAAGUUGAAGAACACGAAGGUGCCAGACUUUGCCACGUGGUCAUCUGCUGCUGAAGAUGAAUGUGAAAAUGAAUGCUUAAAGAAUUGUUCCUGCGUAGCUUAUGCAUAUUAUGCAGGAAUUGGUUGUCUGCUUUGGAGUGGCAACUUAAUUGACAUACAGAAAUUCUCAGUCAAUCGGCCAAACACUCGGCCAGAUCUUCACAUUCGCGUUCCUUAUUCGGAGCUUGAGAAAAAGAGAAACAUGAAUUUAGUCAUUGUAAUUUCAGUUACUGUAUCGCUCACCAUUGCCGUUUGCACCUACUUUUCCUGGAGGUGGAUGGGUAAACGAAGAGGAAUGAAGAAACAAUCAGAGUUAUCAUUGAUUGAUAGAGAAGUAUAUCCAACCUGUUCAGAUGUUUUGAACCAAGUAAAACUAGAAGAGCUACCGGUAUUCAAAUUUGAUAAGAUGGCAAUUGCAACGGACAAUUUUAGUUCAGGCAGUAAGCUUGGGCAGGGUGGCUUUGGUCCAGUGUACAAGGGAAUCUUGCCGGAAGGAAAACAAAUAGCAGUGAAAAGGCUUUCAAAAUCCUCUGGACAAGGGCUCAAAGAAUUCAUGAAUGAGGUGUUAAUGAUUUCAAAACUCCAACACCGAAAUCUCGUUAGACUCCUCGGCUGCUGUGUCGAAGAUGAAGAAAAAAUGUUGAUCUACGAAUACAUGACAAAUAAAAGCUUGGAUGUUUUUCUCUUUGAUCCCGCGAAACAAAAACUCUUAGAUUGGAAGAAACGCUUCAACAUUAUUGAAGGGAUUGGUCGAGGACUCCUUUACCUUCAUAGAGAUUCCAGACUAAAGAUUAUUCAUAGAGAUCUAAAAGCUAGUAAUAUUUUAUUGGAUGAGGAGCUAAACCCCAAAAUUUCAGACUUUGGCAUGGCAAGGAUUUUUGGAGGCAACCAAGAUCAAGACAACACAAAAAGGAUUGUUGGAACAUAUGGAUAUAUGGCUCCUGAAUAUGCAAUGGAAGGGAGAUUUUCCGAAAAAUCUGAUGUUUUCAGCUUUGGAGUAUUGUUAUUAGAGAUUAUAAGUGGGAGAAGGAACACCAGUUUUUAUAACGACAAGGAUUCUUUAAGCCUUUUGGGAUUUGCAUGGAAAUUAUGGAAUGAAGAUAAUAAUGUAGCAUUGAUAGAUCCAACAAUAUCUGAUCCAUUCUUCCAAAUGAAGAUCUUGGGAUGCAUACAUGUAGGACUAUUGUGUGUGCAAGAAUUUGCCAAAGAUAGGCCAAGCAUUUCUUCUGCUCUUUCCAUGCUUACUGGUGAAAUUGCAGAUCUUCCUAUUCCGAAACAACCUGCAUUUACUGAAAGACAUGUUUCUAUAAAUGCAGAGUAUUUUCAACAGAGCCAGGAGAGAUGUUCUACAAACAGUGUCACUAUAACAGUCAUCGGAGGCCGUUAGCAAGUGCAUUCUUGAGAAAAUUCUCUUCUUUUUUCUUUUUCCCCACCUGAUUUGAUCCUUCAUGUACAUUAAAUGACGACUUAAGUUCAAGUUACAAAAUAUACACAUUGCAUUCAUAUAA